AUGACCUCGAGGAGAUGGUUUCACCCCAACAUUACCGGAGUGGAAGCCGAGAACCUGCUCCUGACCAGAGGAGUUGAUGGCAGCUUCCUGGCUCGGCCCAGUAAAAGCAACCCUGGGGACUUCACCCUCUCAGUCCGGCGCAAUGGGGCAGUCACUCACAUCAAGAUCCAGAACACGGGCGACUACUAUGACCUCUACGGGGGGGAGAAGUUUGCCACGUUGGCAGAGCUGGUCCAGUACUACAUGGAGCACCACGGGCAGCUCAAGGAGAAGAACGGGGACGUGAUCGAGCUGAAGUACCCGCUCAACUGUGCGGAUCCCACUUCCGAAAGGUGGUUCCAUGGUCACCUGUCUGGAAAGGAAGCAGAAAAGCUGCUGACGGAAAAAGGGAAGCACGGCAGCUUUUUAGUCCGCGAGAGCCAAAGCCACCCAGGGGACUUCGUGCUUUCCGUCCGGACUGGGGAUGACAAAGGAGAGAGCAACGAUGGGAAGUCCAAAGUCACACACGUCAUGAUCCGCUGCCAGGAUAUGAAGUACGACGUUGGAGGAGGGGAGAAGUUCGACUCCUUGACAGACCUGGUUGAGCAUUACAAGAAGAACCCGAUGGUGGAGACUCUGGGGACUGUUCUUCAGCUGAAGCAGCCUCUCAACACCACCCGCAUCAACGCAGCUGAGAUUGAGAGCCGGGUGCGAGAACUGAGCAAGUUGGCUGAAACUACCGACAAAGUGAAGCAAGGCUUUUGGGAAGAAUUCGAGACUCUCCAGCAGCAGGAAUGUAAGCUCCUCUACAGCCGGAAAGAAGGACAGCGGCAGGAGAAUAAGAACAAGAACCGAUACAAGAACAUUUUGCCUUUUGACCACACUCGGGUCGUCCUUCACGACGGCGAUCCAAAUGAGCCGGUUUCGGAUUACAUCAAUGCCAACAUCAUCAUGCCUGAAUUUGAAUCCAAGUGCAACAACGCCAAGGCCAAGAAGAGCUACAUCGCCACCCAGGGCUGCCUGCAGAACACGGUGAACGACUUCUGGCGGAUGGUCUUCCAGGAGAAUUCCCGCGUGAUCGUCAUGACCACAAAGGAAGUGGAGAGGGGGAAGAGCAAAUGUGUGAAGUACUGGCCGGAUGAGCACGCCCUGAAGGAAUACGGCGUGAUGCGCGUCCGUAACGUCAAAGAGAGCACCGCUCACGACUACACGCUACGCGAACUCAAGCUCUCCAAAGUUGGGCAGGGCAACACGGAGCGGACGGUGUGGCAGUAUCACUUCCGGGCUUGGCCAGACCACGGGGUGCCUAGCGAUCCUGGCGGCGUCCUGGAUUUUCUAGAGGAGGUGCACCACAAGCAGGAGAACAUCUCAGAGGCUGGUCCGGUCGUCGUCCAUUGCAGUGCCGGAAUUGGUCGGACUGGGACAUUCAUUGUGAUCGACAUUCUCAUCGAUGUCAUCCGCGAGAAAGGGGUGGACUGCGACAUCGAUGUCCCGAAGACCAUCCAGAUGGUGAGGUCACAGCGGUCAGGGAUGGUGCAGACCGAGGCCCAGUACCGGUUUAUUUACAUGGCGGUCCAGCACUACAUCGAGACGUUGCAGCGCCGGAUUGAGGAGGAGCAGAAGAGCAAGCGGAAAGGACACGAGUACACCAACAUCAAAUACUCCUUAGCGGAUCAGGCCAGCGGAGACCAAAGCCCUCUCCCGCCGUGCACCCCCAGCCCGGCCUGCCCCGAGAUGAGGGAGGACAACGCCAUGCGAGUCUACGAGAAUGUCGGUCUGAUGCACCAGCAGAAAAGCUUCAGAUGAGACGUCGGCGAGGGUUUCCGCGCGAGGAAGAAUUCUCUCUCUCGCGCGCUCUCUCUCUCGUCUCUCGGUUUUUUUAAAACAAGGAAGCGCGAAACAAGCUGGGGUCCGUCCCACGAAGACCACCGCUGCCUCCUUUUUAUUUAUGACGUUUUAACCCUUCGAUAAUAAGCGGAACUCAAGAGCUCCUUUCAAAGAAACGCCUAAUUCGUUUUCUUAAAAGAAAAAGAAAAAAGUCUAAUUUUUACAGUUGAUUUUUGUUUUUCUGUUGAUGCCGUUUUCCUUCUUGAACCUAUGAUUAUUAUUAUUAUUAUUAUUAUUUUGCCUCCAAUGCAGACCAAUACUUCGUUGUACUUGAACAUUUCCCCCCCACACACACACCCCUUUCUUUCUGUCCUGGACAAUUGUUGCAAAUUUGUUUUUUGUUUUUUUAAAGCUAUCUCUUUCCCUUAAAAAUUAUAUAUAUUAGAAAAAAUAAGUCGUGGGAAAACUGAUACUUUGGGGAAGAAACCAAUUAUGUUAAUCAGAAAGAAUCCGGGGCCGUUUUUCAAGCCAGCGAACUCUCUGGAACGAGGUCUGGCUGUCCACCCAUUUGAUCAAGUUUCUAGUCCUCAUGAAAUUCCAUGCCGGGGGUCUUUUUUUUUUUUUUCUUUUUGGUCCCUUUUCCUUGAAACGAUAAAUUCUAGAACUUCCAAUGAUGCGUUUUUGCACCAGAUUAAACCGGUUUGUUUAGAGCCUGUUCCAUGGGCUGGCUCUUUGCUGUUGGGGAGGGGCCUGGGGGUGAGCACCUGGGGGGGGGAGA